AUGAAGAUCACCGAAGCCGCCGUGAUCGUCGUACUCACCGCCCUCUCCGGCACUGCAGACGCCUUCUUCUGCUUCAAGCCACGCCCUUGGAUCCCUCUAAAGCUUCCUACCUUUAACCUCGGAGGUGGUGGCGGCGGCGGCGGUGGCGGUGGUGGUGCCUUGGUCGGUACCCAACAUAGCUGUCCGGCCGCAAGGCCGCCUCCUGCCUGCCCCGUCAAAACAUGCCCGGUGCCAGGCCACCGCCCUGUGUGGAGCAACCACGAUAACAGAGCCAUCGAGGUGGACAACUGCGAGUCCAUGGGUGACAGGGCCAUGUUCAACCAGAAUGGUAUCUUUGUCAGAAAAGCCAAUUGGACUGGGUAUUCGGUUGAACAGAUGCAGCAAUACGUGCCUGACUUCCCAGUACUACUGAUAACAUGUUCGUCUCCAGAGAUCAACGUGAUUAGCAAGCAGUGGGAGAAGGAAGCCGACGCUUGGACGUUCCUCUCCAAGAUCGAUCCCAGCCUGCCUGCAGGAGGUGGCGUUACUGUCACAUCACGGCACGGCCCGGCCACCGGCGCGACCCGCCCUUUUGUGACAGCAUCCCUAGGCUGUGUCUUGCCCAGCUUGACUCAGGGUGUCAUCCGGCUCACCGGCUCCGUUUUGCCGCGUAACGCGGAGUAUCGCCUCUGA